AGAAUAUUUAGAAAGACUCCGAGGCGGGUUAUCGAUCCAGACAUAUUUUAUUUGAUGGUUGGUAUCAAUCCUUUCGUUCUAUAAAUUGGCCGCAUCUACCACUGCCACUUGCGGCCUCGGCGGUGAUCGUUUGGGGAGGGCUCGGGAAAGGUAGUCUUCCCUCCCCUAAAUCCUCGAGUAAACCCUACACUAUUUGAGAUAUAAAAGAUGGUAGCUUCAACAGAAGAAGCAGCCGCGGCCGCGGCUGGCACACUUCCGCCGCCGCCUCCUAUUGAGAAUGGCAACUGCGCCGGAGUUGCAGCGGAGUCCGAAAAACCCCCAAAGCGAUGUCGAACGGUGGAAGCAUCGUGUCGAUGAAUACAAUUCUAAGGUCGAUGAGCUGGAGCAAAGGGUGAAUGAGGUUCUGGAGCACUAUGCGACUAGAAAGCAACCAAAAACCUCUAAAGGGAGCUCCGGUGGCAAGGUUAAGGAGAUGGAUAAAUUUAGUGCUAUUAAUAACAGUGGAAGCAACCAUAGUGGUGGCAAGCUGGUUGAAGGGUGUCCAAAGGAAGUUAUUUGCUCAAAGAGAAUGCAGGAGCUCAUGCGGCAGUUUGGCACCAUAUUGAAGCAGAUGUCACAGCACAAGUGGGCUUGGCCAUUCAUGGAGCCUGUUGAUGUUAAGGGUCUUGGUCUAGAUGACUAUCAUGAGGUUAUUAAAAGGCCCAUGGACUUUUCUACAAUCAAGAACCAAAUGGAAGCAAAGGAUGGCAGUGGAUAUAAGAAUGUCCGUGAAAUAUAUGCUGAUGUGAGAUUGGUUUUCGCUAAUGCAAUGACAUACAACGAUGACAGAACUGAUAUUCAUGUUAUGGCUAAAACAUUGCUGGAAAAAUUUGAAGAGAAGUGGCUGCAACUACUUCCUAAAGUUGUUGAAGAGGAAGCAAGACAAAAGGAGGAUGAGGCUUGGGAUCUUGCAAAUAUGCAAAUUUUUCACGAGGCUUCUUAUGAGACAAUGGCCAAAGAUACCAGCAGCGAGCUUGAUGAACUCAAUUUGCAUUUGGAAAAGCUAAGGGAGUUGGUAAUACAGAAGUGCAGGAAAAUGUCGACAAAGGAGAAAAGAGAACUUAGUGUUGGCCUGAGCUCUUUACCUCCUGAAGAUCUUAACAAGGCUCUAGAAAUUAUUGCUCAAAACAAUCCUAUCUUUCGAGCUACAGGAGAAGUGGUGGAUCUUGAUAUGGAUGCACAG